CAGAAACAUUAAUUACGUACUAAGAGUUUGUGUUUCUGCUUCAUGAAACAGGGUGUUAUGAUGAAACAUUAAAUAGCGUUACUAUUAAAUUCUGCUAAGUUUACUUCAGCCUUUAAGGAUGGAAGCAAAGACACCAACAUUGUCGAAAACGUUUAUAUUAUUUUCCGUAUGUGCCAUAUGGGGACUCGUCUUCAUUUUACAGAUUAAUAUCCUGCGAGAUGCUACUAUAUGGAAAGAGAAACUUUGGCGAAUGUUCACAAUUUCGGAGUGGGAUUGGGAUUUGGAAGCUAACAAUAGUAGUUCGGUAAUCACAUGCAAUCGUUCUGAUAAAAAUUUUGAUUUGUGUAAAAUGAAUGGUCCAACACUUUUGGAUAAAAAUUCAUUAACUAUGUUUACAUUGGGCCACCACAUAAGUACCCAACCUCACACAAUUGAGAAAAUUCGUCCUUACCCUCUAAAGCCUGAUAAAAUUGCAAUGUCCUAUGUUAGAGAAUUAAUUCUGACAUCAGCACCACCAAAAUCAUUAUAUUGUGAUGUGAAACAUCAUAGUCCAGCAUUAGUGUUCAGUGCAUCCGGGUACAACGGAAAUUUUUACCAUGAAAUAAAUGAAAACAUUAUACCACUCUACAUCACAAUUAAUUCUCUAUAUCCUAAUCAAGAUGUAAUACUUGUGAUUAUGGAUGGUCAGGAUUGGUGGUACCAAAAGUAUGAGGAUUUGUUAUCCGCAUUUAGUCCCAACCAUAAGUUCAUCAACUUUAAUAACCUAACAACUACUCAUUGUUUUCCAUCAGCAACCCUAGGGUUGAUUAAACAUGGACCCGUUACCAUAGACCCUAAAUUGUUACAACCAUACCCUAAAACCCUAAUUGAUUUCCGUGAAUUUCUAAGAAGUGUAUAUAUAAAAAAUGAUACUAGUCAAUUAGUGGAUCCCAAUGACAAUAAGGGUAAGCCACGUCUCGUAUUGGUGACUAGAAAGGGAAAUGCUAGACGUGUGAUUUUGAACGAAGAAGAAGUCGUUAAGGUAGCUGAAGAUGUAGGGUUUAAUGUAAAAGUGUUUGAGCCAUCAAGAGAUUUCUCAAUGGCUAAUACUUUUAGGUUGAUUGAUUCAAGUGAUGUUAUGUUAGGGGUGCAUGGUGCAGGCUUAACACAUUUGGUGUUCCUUAGAAAAGGUUCGGUUAUGUUUCAAGUGGUGCCUAUUGGGCUUAAUUGGGCCUCGGAAACUUAUUAUAACAAACCAACUCGGUUUUUGGGUUUGGAAUAUUUAGAGUACAAAAUACAGGCAAAUGAAAGCAGCUUAUCAUGGGAGUAUGGAGCUGAUAGCUUAGUCAUCAAGGAUCCAAAAGCUUAUACCGAGGGAAAAUGGGAUAAGCAACUAGUAUAUUUGAAGAAACAAAAUGUCAUCAUUGAUACAAUUAGAUUUAGAAAAUACUUGAUUCAAGCAUAUAAUAAGGCUAAGAUAUUUAUCAAUACUACUAGUUAGCUUGCUAGUUAGUUUUUUUUUUUUUUUUUUUAAGCAUUCCUCUAUACCCUCUCAUUCUCAUUUUCUAUUUGGCUGUAUAAUGAUGGGAAUCCUAGUUUGUUAACAUUAUGCAUUUUUGUUGGAAUUAACUAUUAUUAUUGUC